AUACAAAAAAUGAGGCUAUCUUGUCCUACAAAUAAUAGAUUAACCCUAAAUGCCUCACAACGCAUUUGGUGCCAGAUAAGAUUCUCAUAAUUGGCUGUCGAGAAAUGCUGUUCAGGCUAUGCCAUAAACCAUAUGGAAAAUAGAAGGCUCUAUAGUAUUGCCUAUCAGGAUUUUUUCCCCCCUGAACAAAGAUCAGCAAUCAACUCAGGCGAGCCUGUAUGGAAUCAACCACUCUUGACAAUACAUUUAGUCACAAGGUCAGGUCGAUGGAGUAAAGUAAAAGUGGAGUUCCUUUUUUUUUCAUAUUUUUUUUAAAAACUUAAUUUGUAUAAAACUGCCCAACGACACAGACAUAAAAUGUAGGCCUAUUCAUUUUCCUGAAGGGGACGCUGACUUGUGUGCAUACGUAGAGCCUGUUGCGCUAAGUUCCCGGCAUGCAAUGCGAACUUGCAUAGCCAUCUUGUAGGAGGAGGCGAUUUUUAAGAAUUUCGUACCCUGAUGUCCGGAGUAUAGUGAGCAGCUUUCUCAGUACGGAGAUUUUCUCGUGUAUCAAAUCGAUAAAUACUUUAUUGUCAGUCAUUGCAUUCGAAGACAAGGGCGAGAAUGAAAGUGCUAUGUAGGAAAGUAAUUCCGUGUACUUAUUUUUAGGAAACAAGUGCAGAAGCUAGCUAGCUAAAUGAGAGGCACUGUGAACGGGCCCGCCUCAGACUAAAGUAGCUGCUGCAGCUGCGGAGGUACAUCUGCGACAGCGGCCUUCUGGCAACUACGGACACGGGAAAUUAUUUUGCGUAGCAGGCCGGUUCCGUUAGGCCAACGCAUUGGACUCUAUUUGGACGAAUAAUUUGCUAUUUGGAAGAAAUUCAACAGCCUAUUGCUUUGGAGAACUUCAUGUGGUCGGCCUAUCAAACCCUAAUCGACCUCAGUCGUAAUGCAACAGGAGAGGGAAGGAAGAAGGAUGACGCUGAAUCUGGCUAAAAGAUAGAAAACCGUUGGUUUGCUGCUGCUCUUACCGCGUAUCGGGACAAUAUAAAAGACGCAGAGCAAUCUGUUUGGAUUUCACCGGAGAGAUCGUGAGAAGAAGUGAAUAGUAAGUCUUCAAAAUGUCUAAAAUGCCUGCAAAAAAGAAGAGUUGUUUUCAGAUCACAAGUGUGACACAAGCUCAGGUGACAGCCAACAGCGCAGCAGACGACACCGAAAGCUUGGACGACCCAGACGAAUCACGAACAGAGGAUGUGUCUUCGGAAAUAUUCGAUGUGUCGCGAACUGCUUUCGAACCUGAGGUAUGUGACAGCUCUUCGGAGGAAACAUUUAACAACGUCAGAGAGUCCGAAGCUGCACCUACACAUGUAGCCAGACAGCUACCCUCAGCAGCGGGCACUUUUAACAUCGGACCGCCUUUUCGAAAUGUAAUAGCGAACAGUGUUCCCAAUGUAAGUAAUCAGUCUCCUAUAACAGGGGUGUCGACUGUUCAAACUUCUGUCCCCUCAGCUGGGGCCGUGCAACAGCCAGCGCCUCUCCCCAGUGUAGGGGCGGGUAACGUGUCGGGAUCCACGUCUCGGUCGGCCUCGACUAGCUCAGUGAGUGCUUCUACAACAACUACUACUGCUAGCUGCAGUUCACGUUUUAGGCUAAUUAAAUUAGACCAUGGUACUGGUGAGCCCUUUAGGAGAGGCAGGUGGACUUGCACAGAGUUCUAUGAGAAAGACCCAGAGGGAUCUGUUAUAAGUAGAAAUGUAGACACAAUACGACACAACAGCACAUUUGACCCUGGUGCAGAAAGGGACAGUGGGCUUGGGGCCACAGGGGGAUCCAGUGUGGCCCCGUCUGGUCUCUCUGGACAUGGUCCUGAUCCCAGUGCGGAAACUGCUCUACCUACAGUUUCUCACAUGAUUCACUCAGACUUGCAGCAGCAACAAAACUAUGGGGUUGGCCAGCACCAUGUCAUUUCAGGUUCUGUGACUCAUGAAGCAUACUCUAACAGCAACAAUAAUAAAUCUGUGACUACUCAGCAGCAGAUGCAGGGUACUGCACAUCCUGUUCAGCUGCAGAAUCUACUCAUGCCUGGCCCGAAUGGUUCCCAACAGACCAUAAACAUUCAGAAAUCUCCUGGCAUGCCUCCUGGUCCUCAGGCCCAGUCACUCAUCUAUCAGACCCAGGCACCGCAGCAGCAGCCCACCCCACCUCAGCAGCUCCCCUUGGGGCAUCACCUUGCGGCCCAGCCCUUUCUGAUACCUGGAUGUCAACUUGAGUGCAACCAGCAGCACCUGGCUGCAACCACUGCUCAGACUAAUUCAGUGGCUAACCUCUCUGGAGGCCAGGCUGUCAACCAGGGGCCCUCACCAGUGCCCACCCCAGCUAGUGGAGUUCAGGGGCUGGGGACAUCUGGGGAGAUGGUCGGUGGUCCCGGAGGUGUGCCACUGCCAGCCAGCCAGCCAGCCUCUUUGUCCACGUCUGCACAUCUGCAGCAGCCUACAAGCGGGAUGGGCAGUGCUGGCGGGUCCAUGAUAACAGGUGGCUCUCUUCAGCAACAGCAACCACAAAUUGGUCAUUACUUGAUUACUUCGGGGAUGCCACAUGGGCUCCCCAUAGCACCCACCAAUGCCCAGAAUGUGCCUACA